AUGGCGCCAGCAGUACAAUAUGAACUCUCUGAGCCACCUACUGACGCAGUCUCUUCUCUACAAUACUCGCCUUAUACACCUACCAGAUUACUUGUUUCGUCCUGGGAUAAGAAGGUCUAUCUAUACAACACAGAAAAUGUUUCUGAAGGAGGCCAGCUGAUGAGAACUUACGAACAUCGGGCGCCGGUACUGGAUGUUUGUUUUGGGAAGGAUGAGAGUGAGGCGUUUUCGGCUGGUAUGGAUUGGCAGGUGAAGAGGAUUGAUUUGGAGAGCGGAGAACACACAGUGUUGAGUACCCAUGAGGCGCCAGUUAAGUCGGUGGUGUAUAGUAAAGAGCAUUCUCUCCUCAUAUCCGCUUCGUGGGACCAAACACUUCACAUUCACAACCUUUCCGACCCCUCGCAAUCCCCAAUGACAAUUCCUCUCCCUUCCAAACCGCAUUCUCUCUCCCUCACAGCCACAAAACUCGUAGUCGCCAUGUCCUCCCGACUUCUCUACAUCUAUUCCCUCCCCCUCUCUGCCAAUCCCUCCCAAGAACCCUGGCAACAACGCGAAUCCUCUCUCAAAUUCAUGACCCGCGCCGUAGCCUGCAUGCCCAACGAUGACGGCUAUGCCUCUUCCUCUAUCGAAGGCCGUGUCGCCGUCGAAUGGUUCGAUCCAUCCACCGAAUCCCAAGCCCGCAAAUACGCUUUCAAAUGCCAUCGCCAACCUGAUGCUGCAGGCGAUGGAACAGAUAUCGUAUAUCCAGUUAACGCCCUCGCAUUCCACCCCACGCACGGUACAUUCGCAUCUGGAGGCGGAGAUGGAGUCGUUGCACUGUGGGAUGCCGUUGCGAAAAGAAGAAUUAGACAAUAUCAGAAAUACCCAACGAGCGUAGCCGCUCUCUCAUUUUCAAGCGAUGGAAAGUAUUUAGCUGUGGGCGUAUGCCCAGGGUUCGAGAACGGACAGGAAGACUACAGUGGAGAAGGAUUGACAAAGGUGUAUAUAAGGGAGCUAGGCGAGAACGAAGCGAAGGGGAAAGGUGCGAAAUAA